AAUUUUGGCCAGCUCGUGUGGGUUAUAAGAGCUGAAAUUACUUCAGCACCUGAAAGCAGCUCCUGCUGCACCCGAGGCCAGACACAGGACUGCACAGGUGUGGUGGGUCGUGCACUGAUUGUGGACUGUGAGGCUUCAUUGAAGAUGUGACUAUUGCUUGGUACAAGAGCUCUGCUUGAGGGUGAUAAGAGAUGACAGAAAUCUCCUUCUGAGAAUCCGGUGUUCCAGGUGCUGAAGAGCUGCUUCUGGUGUUGCACUGCCGGCUUGAACAACCUUCUCUGUAACCACUCCCGGCCAACAGCUGUGUAGGUUGCUCAACCUUCCUUAAUGAUGGGUAUCGGCAAGAACACCACAUCCAAAUCAGUGGAGGCUGGGGGGUCCACGGAAGGCAAAUAUGAAGAGGAAGCGAAGCACCCCAAUUUCUUUACUCUCCCGGUGGUGAUCAAUGGUGGGGCCACGUCCAGUGGAGAGCAAGAUAACGAAGACACUGAGCUCAUGGCAAUCUACACCACAGAAAAUGGCAUCGCAGAGAAGAGCUCUCUUGCAGAAACGCUAGACAGCACUGGGAGCCUGGACCCCCAGAGAUCGGAUAUGAUCUACACUAUAGAAGAUGUUCCUCCCUGGUACUUGUGCAUAUUCCUGGGCUUGCAGCACUACCUGACGUGUUUCAGUGGCACAAUCGCAGUGCCCUUUUUACUGGCUGAUGCCAUGUGCGUGGGGGAUGACCAGUGGGCCACCAGCCAGCUCAUCGGGACCAUUUUCUUCUGCGUGGGAAUCACUACACUACUGCAGACAACAUUUGGAUGCAGGUUACCCCUGUUUCAGGCCAGUGCUUUUGCAUUUUUGGCCCCUGCUCGAGCCAUCCUGUCUUUAGAUAAAUGGAAAUGUAACACCACAGAGAUCACAGUUGCCAAUGGAACGGCAGAGCAGUUGGAGCACAUCUGGCACCCCCGGAUCCAAGAGAUCCAGGGGGCUAUCAUCAUGUCCUCACUGAUAGAAGUGGUCAUUGGCUUCCUUGGCCUGCCUGGGGCUCUGCUGAGGUAUAUUGGACCCCUGACCAUCACACCCACUGUGGCCCUCAUUGGCCUCUCUGGAUUCCAAGCAGCAGGAGAGAGAGCAGGGAAGCACUGGGGCAUCGCCAUGCUGACGAUUUUCCUAGUGUUACUCUUCUCACAAUAUGCCAGAAAUGUUAAAUUUCCUCUCCCAAUUUACAAAUCCAAGAAAGGAUGGACUGCAUACAAGUUACAACUUUUCAAAAUGUUUCCCAUAAUCCUGGCUAUCCUCGUGUCCUGGCUGCUGUGCUUCAUCUUCACGGUGACUGAUGUCUUCCCCUCCAACAGCACCGACUAUGGCUACUAUGCACGCACAGAUGCCAGGAAGGGUGUGCUUCUGGUAGCCCCAUGGUUCAAGGUUCCAUACCCAUUUCAGUGGGGGAUGCCCACCGUCUCUGCAGCCGGUGUCAUCGGCAUGCUCAGUGCCGUCGUAGCCAGCAUCAUCGAGUCCAUUGGUGACUACUACGCCUGCGCCAGGCUCUCCUGUGCCCCACCACCUCCUGUCCAUGCAAUAAACAGGGGUAUUUUCGUGGAGGGUCUUUCCUGUGUUCUCGAUGGCAUAUUUGGUACUGGGAAUGGCUCGACCUCCUCCAGUCCUAAUAUUGGAGUUUUGGGAAUUACAAAGGUUGGCAGCCGCCGAGUGAUCCAGUAUGGUGCAGCACUCAUGCUGGGCUUGGGCAUGAUUGGCAAGUUCAGUGCCCUCUUCGCAUCCCUCCCGGACCCCGUGCUUGGAGCCCUCUUCUGCACACUCUUUGGGAUGAUCACAGCUGUCGGCCUCUCCAACCUGCAGUUCAUUGACUUGAACUCUUCCCGGAACCUGUUUGUGCUUGGAUUUUCCAUCUUCUUUGGGCUUGUUCUUCCAAGUUACCUCAGACAAAACCCUCUGGUCACAGGUAUAACAGGAAUUGACCAAGUGCUGAACGUUCUUCUCACAACUGCCAUGUUUGUAGGGGGCUGUGUGGCUUUUAUUUUGGACAACACCAUCCCAGGUACCCCAGAGGAGAGAGGAAUCAAGAAAUGGAAGAAGGGUGUGAGCAAAGGAAACAAGUCUCUAGAUGGCAUGGAGUCCUACAACUUGCCCUUUGGCAUGAACAUUAUUAAAAAAUACAGAUGCUUCAGCUACCUGCCUAUCAGCCCAACCUUUGCAGGCUACACAUGGAAAGGCGUUGGCAAGAGUGAGCACAGCCGGAGUUCAGACAAAGACUCCCAGGCCACAGUAUAGCCUUUGCUGCACCCUGUGGCCUGGCCACAGUGAGGCAUGCAUCUGUAGUUCCUUGCUGAGUAACAAGAAGAUACGUGUUUGUAUAUCUACAUUGGCCUCCUGCACCUCAGAGCUAAGACAGGUUGCAUAUCACUCUUCUGUUGUGGGUGGUGAUUGUGUCCAAUACGGUGUCUCGCUUGUCUCCUUAUUGGUCCCUUACCCUAUUUGUGUCCAUUGCUGGCCAUGGUCACUGAACUUGGAAUCACAGUCCUGCCAUUGGAGUGGGCAUUUGGAGUCUAUAGUUGUCCUGCUUUCAGUCCCCUCUGCCUUCCAGUGCUCUCUUUCCUAUAAGCUGCUUCAAGGUCCAGGGGUUUCUGCUUCUUAAACACUAUGUCCUACUCUUUUCACUUGACCUCAACAUGAGCCCUGCAGAGACCUCCUCUGGCCAAGAGGCCACCAGUGUCCUUAUUUUGUCAUAUUUGCCUGGUCAGUGUGAGUUUGUUGUCCUUGAUAACCAGGAGCCUAUUGACCUGGUGAAAAUAGUGACCUGGCUGCCCUGUACCCGGGUGUGAG